AUGGCUACAACUUCAGAUCCCGGCCCAGUAUAUUUCUGGCGUGAAACAGACCCAGAAACAGGGUAUCUAUCACAAUGGUAUUAUUGUCCUUUCAAGGAUGAUCAGGAUGAGAGAAAGACGUACAAAACAGCAGAGCAUUACAUGAUGCAUCAAAAGGCCAUCCUAUUCAACGACGAAGCCACCGCGCUUGAGGUCCUCAAGACAGGCAAUCCACGAAAAGUCAAGUCUCUCGGCCGCCAGGUGAAGAACUUUGACGAAACACUAUGGCUGAAGCAUCGACGUGACAUAGUCCGAAAGGGCAACAUCCUCAAGUUCACACGUGCUAUCACGGAGGAGGGUUUCAAGAGAGGCACGCCUGGUGCAACUCAAUCAAUUUCAUUACACUCGCCCAUCGAUGGUUCUCUAGCAGAUAUGUUGGUCAACACGGGUGAUAGAGAACUUGUCGAGGCCAGUCCAUUUGAUUCGGUCUGGGGCAUUGGGUUUAAAGCUGCAGAUGCAGAUGCUGCAAGAGACUCGUGGGGUGAGAAUUUGCUGGGUAAGGAGCUGAUGGAGGUUAGAAGGAUCUUAAAGGAGAGACGAGUCGACCAGGGAGCAUGA